AUGGUUCCGCCGGAAAUGAGACUUGCCUGCCAGGCCGUGAAGGGAUGCGCGGGUCUCGGUGAUAGGAAGCGUUUUCAGGAAACCAGUUUAAAAGUUAUGGAUAAUAUCAACCCCAGUCCAGGAGCCAUAGACGGGAUCUCAGAAACCAGUCCAGAAGCCAUAGAUGAGAUCUCAGAACCAUGUUUCAGUUUUGGAGUUAUAUCAGAUAUUCAGUAUGCUGAUUUAGAAGAUGGCUAUAAUUUCCUAGGAACCAGAACGAGAUACUACCGACAUAGUCUUCGUCAUCUUCAAGGGGCUAUUGAAGACUGGAAUGAAGAAAGCAAUCACCUCUUUUUUGUGUUGCAACUUGGUGAUAUCAUUGAUGGAUUUAAUGCACAGUAUAAAGUGUCAGAAGAGUCACUAAAAAAUGUCCUGAAGGAAUUUAAAAAACUCAAAGUCCCUGUUCAUCAUUCUUGGGGAAACCAUGAAUUCUACAACUUCAGCAGGGACUAUUUAAAAAACUCUAAACUUAACACAAAAGUUUUAGGAAACCAGAUUGCACGUUGUCCUGAGACCACACCUUCAGAAAACUAUUAUGCUUACCACUUUGUACCUUUCCCUAAAUUUCGGUUUGUUUUACUUGAUGCUUAUGAUCUAAGUGUCCUUGGAAUGGAUCAGUCUUCUCCAAAAUAUCAAGAUUGUAUGAAGAUGCUGAAGGAGAAGAAUCCAAAUAAGGAACUGAAUAGCCCUCAAGGACUUUCCGAACCUCAGUUUGUCCAGUAUAAUGGAGGAUUCAGUCAGGACCAAUUGGACUGGUUCAAUGCAGUUCUUACUUUCUCAGACACAAACCAAGAAAAGGUAGUGGUUGUAGGUCAUGUUCCUAUUCACCCACACUCCACUGAGGAUUCAUGCCUUGCCUGGAAUUACAGUGAUGCUCUCUCAGUCAUUUGGUCUCAUAAAUGUGUAGUGUGUUUCCUUGCUGGUCACAACCAUGAUGGUGGGUACUGCAUAGAUACUCAUGGUGUGCACCAUAUCACGCUGGAAGGAGUUAUCGAAACACCACCAGAGAGCCAGGCUUUUGGUACGGUGCAUGUUUAUCCUGAUAAAAUGGUGUUGAAAGGGAGGGGCAGAGUUCCAGAUAGGAUCAUGUAUUACGAGAAAGACUGAAAAAGGAAAUUCUGUUCCUAAAUGGCUUUUCUUUUUUUUGGUUAAUUUUGAGAAAUAAUAGAAAUUGCUUUGUUUUUGUUAAUAAAUAACUAGGUCCCCAUUUGGCAUGUUUAAUUUCACGUUAAUAUGUUCAUUAUAUAUUUCAGAAGUUCUCUUUUGUUUUGUGGUUAGAACAGUAACCAUUAUCUUCCUAUU